AUGGAUAUAGAAACGGAUUUGCCAGUUUGUGAGGUUACAGAAGAGAAAGAGAGUAACAAGAGAGUUGAGCCUAUUGACGAGAGUAAGUACGAUCGGAUUCUCGAGAGUUUCGCUGAGAAGCUUGUCAAAGAGCGGUCUAACGUUGUCCCUGCUGCUGCCGCUGCUGCAACGGUUGUGAUGGCUAAUUCGAAUGGAGGGUUUUUACAUUCUGAACAACAAGUUCAGCCUCCUAACCCAGUGAUCCCGCCUUGGUUAGCUACUUCUAACAAUGGGAACAAUGUUGUUGCAAGGCCUCCCUCGGUAACUUUGACAUUAUCGCCUUCCACAGUGGCUGCAGCUGCGCCUCAACCGCCAAUCCCGUGGCUGCAGCAGCAACAGCCUGAGAGAGCAGAGAACGGUCCAGGGGGACUUGUGUUAGGGAGUAUGAUGCCGUCUUGUAGUGGGAGUAGCGAGAGUGUGUUCUUGUCAGAGCUUGUGGAGUGUUGUAGAGAGUUGGAGGAAGGGCACCGAGCUUGGGCAGACCAUAAGAAAGAGGCUGCAUGGAGGCUAAGAAGGCUGGAGCUGCAGCUAGAGUCAGAGAAGACGUGUAGACAAAGGGAGAAGAUGGAGGAGAUUGAGGCAAAGAUGAAAGCUCUUAGGGAAGAGCAGAAGAACGCAAUGGAGAAGAUCGAAGGAGAGUACAGAGAACAGCUCGUUGGUUUGAGGCGAGACGCAGAGGCCAAAGACCAGAAACUGGCUGAUCAAUGGACCUCUAGGCAUAUCAGACUCACCAAGUUUCUUGAACAACAAAUGGGUUGCAGAUUAGACCGCCCCUGA